AUGGAUUACGAUUUAGCAAGAAUUGACUAUAUACUUUGCGGUAUUACUUAUCCUGAAACACUGAAAGUCCUUCCAAAUCCUGGUCAGAAGACACAACAAAAGUUUGCUGUCGGCGAUAAAAAUGGAGUUUUGCAAUGUUUGAGUAUAAAAGACGAGGAACCUAUUAUUCAAUUUAAAACUUUGCCAGGGAAGUGCAUUUUGGGCAACGACUUAGUGCUAUGCAGUGGGCGCACGGUAACAUUCUACAGGGACUUGAGGGAGAUGUAUUCGUACGACUGCGAAGAUCGUGUACUUGACAUUGCCGCGUUUUCUGCUCCAAACAGUACUCGAGUUCGACUUCUUGCGCUUAUCACCAACGAAGAAGCGGUGAUAAUCGAGAACGCAGAACUUCUAGCGCGAACCCAUAUAAAUUCAGGUCCAUCGCGUCUAAUAGUGCCACCGACGCAUCGCUCAGCAGAGGUCUGUGUGAUCUACGGCGCCGCUGAUGGUUCCAUAGGCUUAAUUCAAUAUGAAACCGAGUUAUCGAGUAGAUGUCUUGUGGAGGGCGGAGGCCUGGGAUCUGUUGUUUGCCUGGGCUGGUAUUUCAGCGUUAGUGGGGCUCACUUAGCAGUCGGCCGUCACGACGGCUCCGUCCAGCUCUACUUGGUCGACUUGGAAAAUAUAAAUGAAAAGCCGCGUUUGAAAUUCACCUACUUCUGCGGCGAACCAGUCACGUCAGUCAGUGGGGGACGCGUUGGUACGGAGAGAAGCGAGCUGAUGGUGUCGACCUUUUCGGGAAGAGUUUUCGCGCUGCGCUCGCAGAGACUGAUCGCUGGCGGCACGUCCCUGAACAAUAUUACAGCGGAUAUCCUCGCAUCCAGGCGGAACAAGCUGGAGUUAGAAGUGGCGCGUUUGGAAAAGCAAACAGCAAUCGAACGGGAGAAAUAUCAACGUAAUACACGUUCCUUGUUGGGCGGAUUGUCAACACCGCCUCUAUUGGAUAUUCAAUACGAAUUAACAGGAGCAAUGCUCAAUGGAUGGCAGGAAGUGGUCAUUACCGCGGGAGUUCCAUUAGACAUGCUGUUUAUUUACUGUGACAAGGAACUGGAAAUUCAAACUGACAGCGCAGCCGUAUUGAGUACGUGCCUACCACAGGAGGGAAAACCUGAAAACCUCGCUACAGUCCGGUGCCAAGCCGGAACGAGACGUACAUGGCUCCAAAUGCGUUCAGGAACAAAUUCAGUCGUUGAAAUGGCGGAGGCCACGCACGUUUUUGUCUACGUGCUUCCAGCCAGCGCGCCGCGAGUCGCCCGCCUUAUCAAGCUGAUGUUGCCAGCACUGCCGCAAUACUGCCAACACGCAGACCCGGAAUGCGACGACGACAGAGUGUGGUCGGAAUUGCGCGUGACCGGUGGUUUUUCCGUGGCCGAGAUGACAUCGUGGCUCAGCGAAGCGUUGCCAGGCGAAAUGCCGAGGCCAGCGGCCAGCAUAGAGUUUGCACGAUCGCAUUAUCUUCUGAAAACGAUUCUUAUAUGCAGCUAUCAACGGGGUACAGCUACAUUCAAGUCUGAUAACAUCUCUACGAUAGCAAUACUCAAAGACGUCUUAUCUAACUGUUCCGUAAAGAGGUCAAUUCGCGUCGAUAUAUCGUGUGAAGUUCCACAAGUCAGCUGCGCAAUGUCAUUCGAGAAAUUGAAGGAUGAUUUUGUAUCUGAAUAUCGUAUGAAAAAAGAAUAUAUCUUGAAAGGAGCUAUUGGGGCCCUCGAUUUAGAUAUGAAUGCGUUUAAUAACGAAUGUCAACCAAUUUUGUGCGAAGAAUAUAUGCAAAUAUGUAGAAAGCCCGAUAACAAUACCGAAAAAAAAUUCAAUUUUAAUGAUUUAGUCAAAACCGUCGAGCAGUGGUAUUCAGAUUGGUGUAAAUUGUCUUUGCACGGCAAUAACUUUAAUGUUCAAAGAUUUCAGUUGAAAUCUGCAUUGCAAAAUUGUCAAAUUGAAGACAUCGAGAAAAUACUCGCCGUUACUGAUUCGCAUAGUGAUUCAGAUAUGGACUCUAAGGGAAAAGGAUAUGGCAGUGGUGCGUGGGUUGUAAUACCGCAGUCGAUUUCUGACCUUAUUUUAAAUUGCAAUAUUGAGAUGUAUCAU